GUAAAUAUUUAUAAAAUACGGCCGCGUCAUAUAAAUUUAUGCCCUGAAACCGAAUUUGGUUGUUCGUGAUUUUACAUACACUAGUAAAAUUAGAUUAGAUCUGGAUUACGUGUAAAUUUUUAUUAGUUUAAGGUACCAUUCUUUAAACUAUUCAUAUUAAUGUACUUGGUUGUUCAAUCGUGUUACUGAACUUUUUCAAAUGCCGACUCUCGACUCACUUCGCCGGCUCGAUGCUUAUCCGAAAAUUGAUAAUGAAUUCAGUAUAAGAACUAUUGGUGGAGCGGCAUUAACAAUUAUUAGCGGUUCUAUCAUAAUCUUGCUGAUUUACUCUGAACUAAUGGCAUAUUUGACGCCGACUAUUACGGAUCAGUUAUUUGUCGAUGCAACGCAAGGGCAGAAGUUGAAAAUUAACCUCGAUUUCUAUAUUCCUAGAAUUUCGUGUGAUUAUGUUUCGCUUGAUGCUCAAGAUACAACUGGAGAACAACAUUUGCACAUAGAUCAUAACAUUUAUAAACGCAGGUUGGAUUUGCAUGGGCAGCCAAUAGAAGAACCAAAGAAAGAAGAUAUUCAAGCACCAAAGAAAAAAGAAGAGAGUUCAUCUUCACCCACCCACGAAAAAUUGUGUGGUUCUUGUUAUGGAGCUGAGACAAAUAGUACCCCGUGUUGCGCAACGUGUCAGGAUGUAAUAGAUGCUUAUAGGAAAAAGCAAUGGAAUCCAAUUUUAGACGAUAUCAAACAAUGUCAAAAUGAAGGGGUGUUUGGAAAAGUAAGUCUGGAGACAAAGGCAUUCACUGAAGGUUGCCAAAUAUACGGUUCCAUGGAAGUGAACAGAGUUGGUGGAAGCUUUCACAUAGCUCCAGGCAAAAGUUUCUCUAUCAGUCACAUACAUAUACACGACGUGCAACCAUUUUCUUCGAGUAAAUUCAAUACCUCUCAUCGCAUUAAUACGCUUUCGUUCGGAGAAGAGUUUGGUUUCGGCCAAACCAAUCCACUGGAUUCUACUGAGGAGUUUGCUGAAGAGGGGGCAAUGAUGUUUCAAUACUACAUUAAGAUCGUUCCUACGGAAUUUAUCCCACUAAACGGACCAAAGCUGCAUACGAAUCAAUUUUCAGUCACAAAAUAUCAGAAGAGUGUCUCAGCAAUGAAAGGAGACUCUGGUAUGCCAGGUAUUUUUGUAAACUAUGAACUUUCUCCACUUAUGGUUAGGUUUACAGAGAAAAGAAGCUCAUUUAGUCAUUUCGCAACAAAUUUGUGCGCGAUAAUAGGUGGAAUAUUUACAGUUGCUGGAAUUAUUGAUUCUUUGUUGUUCACUUCGAUUCAUGCACUGAAGCGUAAAAUUGAACUUGGCAAAAUUAGCUAA